CGCGCGUGUCGGGGGCGUGGACUCGAGGGAGGGAAGCCGCGCCAAGUUGGUGAAGGGAGACCCAGGAAAGGCCUAAGACCGGCGGAAGAUACUCGACUGAAAGGAAUCUGCCCCACUGAUCAAUCCAGAUGCCUUCUUCCACUUCACCAGAUGAAGAAGAUAGCCUGCAGACCUGUGUUUUAAAGUUUGCUGAUCUGGACUUAAAAGAAUCAAAUCUUAUUAGCCCCAGCAGCAGUCUCAAAGCAGAGUUAGAUGGCAAUCUAAAGAAGAAAUACUCAUUUGCAAAGAAAAAGGCCUUUGCCCUUCUUGUCAAAACCAAACAAGUUCCAGCACCUUCUUACGAAUUUAAAGGAAAGCGGUGGAGAUGCUGUCAGCAGCUAUUUGUGGACCAGACCAGCAUCCACAGACAUGUGGCGACACAGCAUGCUGAGGAAGUUUACCAGCAGACUGCUUCUGUUCUGAAGCAGCUAACUGCAGCAUUGCAUGCUUCACAGAGUCUUACAUCCACAGACAAGAAGAACCCUCCUAGUCAGGAAGUGUCUGCUUGGCUCCCUGAUGUAAGUCGCUUUAGCCCUGAUGAGCUGAGCAGUGACCAGAGCAACGAGGAUGGGGAGGUACUCCUGUAUUACUGCUACUGUGAUGUGGAGGACCCCCACUGGGUUUGUGCCUGGCAGACAGCUCUAUGCCAGCACCUGCACCUCACAGGCAAGAUUCGGAUCGCUACUGAAGGAAUCAACGGAACUGUUGGAGGAAGUAAAGUGGCCACCAGACUCUACGUGGAGGUCAUGCUUUCUUGCCCGUUGUUUAAGGAUUACCUGUGUGAGGAAGAUUUUAAGAGCAGCAAAGGAGGAGCUCACUGCUUCCCAGAAUUGCGAGUCGGUGUGUUUGAAGAGAUCGUGCCUAUGGGGAUCAGUCCCAGCCAGGUCUCCUACAAGAACCCUGGAAUCCAUUUAUCCCCUGGUGAAUUUCAUAAAGAAAUAGAAAAGUUUUUAUCGCAGGCAAAUCAGGAACAGGGUGAUACUAUCCUACUGGACUGCAGAAACUUCUAUGAAAGCAAAAUAGGACGAUUCCAGGGCUGCUUAGCACCAGACAUCAGGAAAUUCAGUUACUUCCCUAGCUACGUUGACAAAAACCUUGACAUUUUCAGGCAGAAGAGGGUGCUGAUGUACUGCACUGGGGGCAUCCGCUGCGAGCGGGGUUCUGCAUACCUCAGAGCCAAGGGAGUGUGUAAGGAAGUGUUUCAGCUCAAGGGUGGCAUCCACAAAUACCUGGAAGAGUUUCCUGAUGGGUUUUACAAAGGGAAGCUGUUUGUUUUUGAUGAGCGGUUUGCCCUGGCCUACAACAGUUCUGUGGUAUCAGAAUGUUCAUACUGUGGAGCCCCGUGGGACCAAUAUAAACUCUGUUCUACUCCCCAAUGCCGCCAGCUCGUUUUAACCUGUUCUGCCUGUCAAGGACAAGGAUUCACAGCCUGUUGCAUCAUGUGUCAAGACAAAGGGGGCAAACAGGCGUCGGGCCCUGCCCAGGACAGUUUUAAAGAAGAAUGUGAGUGUACAGCCCGGAGACCACGCAUCCCACAGGAGCAGCCUGCAUGACGCCCUGUGAGCCUGCAGCCAGGGCCUGACGCUGGUGAAGCUGUGUGGCAUCUUCAGCAUCCCCUAAGCUUCACAGUGCAGGCUUCAGUGUCCAUGCGUAGAUUGUCAAGGUUGUAGAAACAAAUUGGGAACUUUCAUGUGGUCAGAUGGCCACAAGCAAAGGGGACAGGGAGUCUAGUGUUAGCUACCUAACCUGCUUAUUUUGAUUCGGAAUAUGCUAGAGCCUGGAAAAGAGAUGAACCGUGUGGGAUCCCAAGGACGUUGAGGGGAAGAGCCUUAGCUCGGCUGCGCCAUGUCUUCUCUGCCAUGCAGCCGGGUAGUAGACAUUGCUCUUGUCAGCAAACCUUUUUGCCUUGGCAGCAAAAGCAUAGAAGCUGAGCCCUGGGUGUGGACUCUUAAACCAGGUCAGCUGCAACCUUCCACUGCGUCAGUCUCUUCACUAACUGCCCGAAGAGAUCUGUAAUCUGUAGCGUUGGCCACUUCCUGCUUUGAAGACUUUACUGAAUCAACCUGACCCAUUCCUUUACAUAUGAUCAUGGCACUACUGAGUAGUUGGCCAGAGACCACAUGGCUUUCAGAGUCUAAAGUAUUUGCACUCUGUCCCUUCAUAGAAAACACCAGCUCCCAGUUCACGCUGACAGCUCAUCUGACAGAGGCAGUCUUAAAGAAGUAGCCUACAUUUUUAUUGAUUUGGUUUCUUUGAAAGAUGUCCCCCUAACAGCCCUGCAUUAUCCAGCAUCCCCUCUUAGCUUCUGAGUGUUCUCCUUGGGCAUCAGGAUGAGCAGC